CCCUCUUUGGCCAGCGCCUUUUGUCAGUAAAUUCUCGAUAAAAAGUUGUGCAGUCAAUUCUUGUUUUUUGUCCAUAUAAAAUCGCAUUUUGGCAGUAAGCGGAUAAUCGCAAGAUUAAGAGCUAUCUUCUCCAGCCACACUCAUGUAUGCAGAAUAGCCCGGAGAGUGGUACAGCGACCCCAAAUGUUCCAGAUUAGAUAAAAUGAUUAAACAACUAACCACACCAGAGGCAGGCAUAGAACGAGCCCCACAAACAACUCAAUCAAAAUGAGCCGCUGGCGGCAUUAGCGUCCGCGUUUAUUGCAGCGGUCCAGCGUAAAAACAAAACAAGUAGAGCGUCGUCACAUCAACAUCCACAACCACAUCCACGUCCACGUUCUUAUUCCCAUCGGAUGCAGCGCGUCAGUUCGCCGAAUCGUUUGUGUAAAUUCACGGCAAACAAAUUAUAAAAAUAGAUUAAAAAUUUAGCAUCGGAAAAGUAGUUGCCGAAAAUUCGAACCGAGUUGUGGAAGCAUUGCCCGGACGGAGCUUUUGCCUCCGCGUUGCCCAAGUCGUCACCGAUGAGGCGGGCGGAUUUAAUUGGUUCUUUUUUGUGCUAUUUUAUUAUUUCCGAGCGCAAGCGUUUAGUCGAAUUUUGUCCGAAGCUGCGUGCGGGCGUGAGUCUCUAAAGGCAACUAAUUUAUAUAAUUGCUGAUCGAUCUAUAAUUCGCUCAUCUCAACAAAAUAUCCCUGAACCCUUUGAGACAGAAUGAGUGAAGUUGCCAAUCCCACGCCGAGCAAUGCGCCCGAUGAAUCCACAAUAAGUGCUGGCAUUUACCACAACAUAGCCACAAGCUUCACAGAUCAAAAUGUGGUUAUAUCGCCACUGUUAUUGGAGGCCACUCUGUCACUCCUUUACCUGGGAUCUGAUGGAGCCACUGCCGAGGAAUUGCAGAAACUUUUGCGACUGAAGCAACGCUUUCCCAGCAAUGCCAAAAUGGCAAACUUUUAUGCCGCUGAACUGGGAAACAUCACAGUCGAUGAAGAUACCCGCCUGGAGUUACAAAACCGAUUGAUGCUGCAGCCGCUUCCUGGUUCUGAAUCUGGCAUUGCCGAUGAUUUUCAGAAGAUUGCCCAAACCUAUUUUCAUACCACUGCCGAGUGUGUUGAUCUGGAGCAAACGGAGAAACUGCGUCGCCAUAUUAGCGAACAGAUUCUUGCCAGCGUUGGCGGUGGCAGCUGGGACCAGAUAAACCUGGAGGGUACCGCACCGGCGAAAACUCUACUCCUACUGGCUGCAAAUCUUCGUAGCAAAUGGUUCCUGCCAUUCAGUGCCUAUAGAACAGGACUAUAUGAGUUCCAUAGUGGCAGUCAGGUUAAAUCUGUGCCCAUGCUCUUUGACGACGACAUGUUUGUAAAAUAUGCAGAGCUAAGGGAUGUAGACGCCCGCGCCAUAGAGUUACCUUACGAACAUGCCGAGGAGCUUUCUAUGCUGCUCAUCCUGCCCAACCAGCGCGACGGCCUUCAGGAGCUGGAGAAACAGUUGCGCGGCCUGGAUUUGGGUGCACUGCAGCAGCGAAUGCAGAUGGAGGGCGUUCAGGUGCUACUGCCAAAAUUCAGUAUCGAUUUCGAGUGCAGUCUGCGGCAGCCAUUAAAACAGCUGGGCUUUGAGGAGAUAUUUGCCGCAUCUGCGAACUAUAAACAUUUGCAUCCAUCUGGUAGUCUGCCCGUUGUCGAUGUUCUGCAAAAGCUGCGAAUAAAUUUGAAUGAGUCUGGAUCUGGACCCGAGCUGACACGCGUUGCAGCAGAAUAUAAACCCAUUGUGAUCAGCAAUUCCUCCCGCCAAAAAUUCUUCCGAGCUGACCAUCCAUUUUUCUUUGCCAUUCGCAGUGAGAAUGUAACCUAUCUUAUGGGUCAUGUGGUUGAAUUUUAAAUUUUGAGUGGAAAGGGUUGUGUAAUAUUUUAACUUGUAUAAAAAUAAGUAAAAUAAAACUAAUAUUUACUAAA